AUGCUUUAUUCCAAAGAUAUCGCUCAAUGGCUCAAAUAUGAGAAUUUCGCCCUGCAAAGUCAUCUAUGCAGCGAAUGGCAGUUAAUCCGAGCUGACCAAGCCUGCGCAUUCUUGUUGGAAGAUUCCAAAUUCAGAAGCUGGUAUGAAGCUUUGGAUUCUCAGCAGUUAGUGAUUUUUGGGGGAAUGGGUCACGGUAAAUCUGUUGCAAUGGCCUUCAUUGCCGAAAGAUUGAGCUACAGGGGGAAAUUCCGUCUACCCCAGCCUAUUCUAUGUCAGUACUACUGUCGAGAUCACGAGACAGGAAAGACUACCUCUGUACUUUCUGCCUUGACCUAUUCUCUUUUGAUGCAGCUUGAGGGUCUGCAGAAACCAUUUCAUGAGCGCUACAAGCAGGCUCAGGAGUUUCAUUUUGACCCGGCACUGAACGCUGCCACGAUGGAAGGUCUUCUGCAAAGCAUGCUCAAAACAAUCGAUCGGCCUGUCAUUUUCAUCAUUGACGGCAUGGAUGAAUGCGAUUAUGAUUCCCGGAACAGGCUUCUCAAAUUUCUGAAGCGGGUAUUGGAAACAACUUUGGGGCUUAAGAUUCUCGUGUCUUUUCGGCACCAACAAGAGAUUAUGGAACAGCUAACCCACGCGGCCAAGAUCGAGUUAGAUUCUAGCCCCGCGAGAGAUCUUCUCAUUGUCGAGAAAACGCUUGAAAUGUUGCCGUUUCUAUCUCCGGAUGUCAAAGCAUUGAUAACAGAAAACCUCUCUCAGCGGGCCCAAGGGAGUGCCAUAUGGACAAAAAUGGUAAUCGAGCUCAUCAAAAUGCGUCAUCUCACGACGAAGUCUUCUAUUGAACGGCUUUUGGAUGAACUGCCCAUUCCUGAAAAACUUUCGGAUGUCUACACCUCAAUAUUUUCGCGUUCGACUGGCGAAGAUCAUCAAAAUUGGCAACUUGCUAUCACGGCUCUGAAAAUCCUCGCCAGUAGCCGCAGAGCCUUGAGUAUAUUAGAACUGGCUUGGGCCGUGGCACUGAGUCUAACUCGGGAAAUCACGACCGUGGAAGCUCUUCAGAAGGAGGUAGAUCAUCAAAGGGUCAUGAGUCUUAUCUAUCCCUUCAUUACCUCCCCCAAGUACGAUGAAAUCCGGAAGCCUCAAGUUCGACUCACACAUCAGUCAGUGAAAGAGUGGGUAUUUGAACAGCCCGACCUGCAAGGCUCGGCCUCGAAAAUGCCUGGUCAAAAGCAAGAUAUUUCAAGGAAGCUAGACUCAUUGAUGCUAGAUAUCUGUGUGAAGUAUCUACUCUUGGAUGAAAUUGGUGAGAUUGACUUGUUCUCAGAAGAGCAAGCGGCAUUUGUGGAACUGCCUCAGCUUUCUGGAUCCUCCGGCGAUGAUAAAGCGUCGCUUGAAUAUGACUCUAAUUGCACAUGGGAGACCUGGGAAGAUGAUAUGGCUCGAUUUGACCCGGUCGAUCGCGGAUUUGGCGAAUUCUUUGUCUACGCCUCAUGCCAUUGGGUAGAUCAUUUUGGUCGUGUACCCGCUGAGUCUCUUUCGAGUCUCGCAAGUAUCGAAAAAUUGUGCCAAGCUGGAUCUACUCGUCUUCGCAAUUGGAUUCAACAGAAUUCUCGUCCAAGUUGCACAAUAUCGCCCAGGUUUGAAUUCGAUAGCAGUCUAUACGAUCCACUGAGCAUAACUUCAAUUUAUGGCUCGGAAUCCAUUCUGCGUCACAUGCUUGAGAGGUCCAGAUUUGAAAGUGAAGAUUUCUUUCAAGAAUCAGCCAUCAAAGCUGCCGAUCAGAUUCUCCAGUGGGCAAACGUGUCCAGACUUGAGAUCCUGUUCCUCCAUUCUCAGACCAGUGCCCAUUUACAAAAGUUUGAACUUUUUCGACUUGUUAUCAAGAGAUGGUCAAAAGCACGGUUUAUCACAAAGCCAUGGCAUAAAGAGCAGCAGGACUGGGAUCUUGUUUUUGGUCUCGUCGAAAGAAUGUUGGACAAAAUGACUGAGGAACAGUGGGGUAACGAGCUCUUGUGUCUGGCUGCUCGGGCAGGCUGUAUGCCGAUUGUCCAUCGCUUGGUGACUAGCGCGAAGAAUAAGGAAGAGCUCAGGAAGGAAUUGUUUCACAAGACACAGGUCAAAGGAGAGAAACCGAUUAUCGAGGGCUCGACGCAUCGAUUGAUAGGAAAUGCCAUAUUGGGAGAUCACGCUGACAUUGUGGAAUAUCUGCUCAGGGAGAAAAUUGUUGAGCCGCAUUUUCGUCAUCGGAAUUCUCUUGGCGAAAAUGUUUUGCAUCUGGCAACACGACUCUGCAACCCAGACAUGUUCCGAAUUUUGAUCCCCCAUUUCCAGGAAGGUAUUGACGAAAGAGAUGAUCAAGGAGAUGUUCCCUUGGUGCGAAUCGUCAUGAGUCCUCUGGUCUCACGUUAUGAGGCAGCCAGAUCGUUCCUUUUGCAAACCAGCAUCAACCGCGAUACCAAAUCUUCGUGCUGGAAACGGGAUUCCUUGCGUGCAGCUGUGUCACGACUUGAUCUGGACAUGUGUUGUAUCUUGAUUUGGAUUGGCAAGAUCAAUCCAGUGGCAGCUUUCGCUUCUGGCGACCAGGAAAACGUCAGAGAGGAGAAUAAUGUCCUUAGUACCUUGAUAGAUCUCUUUGUUGCCGAGGGAGGCAAUCCUGUCGAGUUGGCUGACUCGAGGGAAGAAGCUCUUCAAAUUUUGGCCGAGAAACAUUACAGGAAGUGUUUUCGGGCCGAGGAUCCAACAAAGCCUACCUCAAGUUUCGCGCAGGAGAAUGUACUGGCCGUACAAACUCCUAUAAAAAACUCCAGCCUAGCUACCGGUUGGUCGAUUCAUUGA